AUGACUACGUCGAAAUCUGUUUCAACACCAAUUGCUUGCAAAUCCAGCAUCCAGGAAAACUCCAACACUGAGUUCAUCAACCCGCACCUAUACCGUCAGCUUAUAGGAUCGCUGCAAUACCUCACGCUCACCCGACCGGAUAUUCAGUUUGCAGUCCAUCAAUUGUGCCAACACAUGCAAACGCCUCUCAACACUCACUAUGAAUCAUUAAAACGCAUCCUUAGAUACAUUCAAGGAACCUCAGACACAGAUUGGGCAAGCAAUACACAAGAUCAGAAAUCAAUCUCCGGCUACUGCAACUUUCUAGGAAACUCAUUCAUCUCAUUGCAAGUGAAGAAACAAAAUACCAUAGCACGAUCCUCCACCGAAGCAGAGUAUCGCGCUCUGGCCUUCAAGGCAUCGGAAAUUUUAUAG